UCCGAUACUCGGUUUAUGGGUUGUCAGCCUGCCUGUUUAGUGUCGGAUACAGAUCAGAGUAAUUACUCGUGUGGAAAGGUAAAACAUGCUUCUGCUAUACAUGCCCUUGGUCCUGCUGUGUUGUUCCAGCUGCCUCAGUGAUUUGUAAGGAUGGCUGUGCUGUCACAGACAAGACUGAUGUGUCUCUGGCAGCUCUCUCUGCUUCUAGCAGGCCCCGGCAACAAGGCCUCACACUGGCCAUCCUACCGUUCACAGCACCAGCAGGAGGAAGCUAGAUGGUGGGAUCCCACAGCUUGGGCUCUGUUUCUUUCCCCUUGUCCAGCACUGCCUCUGUGCAGAGCAUCCCUGGGCAGCAUCCAUCAGCUCUGCUCUGUGGAUGCCUCCGUGGCACUUCCAAGUGCGCUCCGUUUGGGUCCUCUCCAUUUCACUCUUUGUGUGUUCUGCUUUCACCUUCCCCUCGUUUCACUUUUAGUCCCCCACAGUCAUUUAUUUUUCUCCAGGUGUCUUUGGUGCUCUCUCGUUUCCUGGACAGUAGGAGAUGGCGUUUGUUUUUCAGGGGGGAAUCGGUAGAAACAUGACUGUAAGUAGACACCUAGAGAAGAACAAAGCAAGCAUAUACAGUGCUGUGCUCUAAUAUAUUACGACAUCCGACUGUUCUCAGCUUGAGGACUUCCUAGCUGGCUGUGAUUUGUGCAUACUUUGUGGUCUUCAGUGGGUUUGUCCUCCAUGUCCCUCUUCCCUUGAAUCUGUGUAAACUCACAGCAUACAGAACAUUCUUUGAACAGGAGUUCUACAUGAAUGAGAUGCAUGACAAACCACUUCCUUUUAACCUGACUCACUAGGCUUGUUUGAUAACUCCUAGUUCUAGUGUUAGAAAAGAAAAUUAAUCACUCUCUAUUCAGCCUUUUCUACAAACUCAUUGGCUUGUAGACCUCUAUUGUAUUUUCUCUUGGUCAUCUUUUAUUUUUUUUUUCCAGACUGAGGUGUCCUAGUUUGUUUACUUGUUCCUCGUAUGGAAGCCAUUGUACACCUUUGAUCACCCUUGUGACCAUUCUCUGAACAUUUCCCAGCUCUCCUAUAUCCUUCUUAAGUUGAGAGGACCAGAAUUGCAGUGUGUUCAAUUUGCAGAUGAGCAACGGCUUAAUACAGUGGCACACAGGAGCAAUGAGCAAUGCUUUUCUGCAAAAGAUACACAAAAAUAAGUGGAACACAUGUUCUCUAAACAAAAGUUGAGGAAAAAAGAAGUACUGAGAACUUACAGGGAACUAGAAAGCAAUCCUGGAUGAGAAAUUGCUUGCUGGAUAGAGGGGAACCAAAGGCUGUGUCAUCAAUUCAAAAUCUUAGAUUAUUUUUAGUUGUCACCUUGUUCGACUUUGUUUUCACCCCCUUUAAAGGAUUCAUAGAAGUGGAAACAGCAUUUUUCUUGUCUAAAGCAACUGCAAAUGAAACAGAAAUAGCAUACUUGGACCUUUCUUUAUGAUUGAUGGGGGGGGAGUCUGCUGAACAGUCUUCAAAACCAAGAUGAAGAUCGUUUGCUGCCUGAGAUGCAGUUGCUUCAGAAUUAGAAUUUAAAUUGUUCUUUCUUUAGGAGGUUUCUGUGACUGCUGGUAAUUACAAAGUUUAUGAGCAUCUUAUAGUUUGGCUAGCUUAUAUGCCAGAGUAAAGAAAAAAAUGCCCGUUUUCUGUGGUGUUCUCACGAUAAUUGCUUUGGUCAUCACUAGCAUGACAAAGUAAGGCAGUUGUCUUCCCAAGCACGUAUUUGCCCGCUCUGGUGAGCUAAAUAUUUUUUUCACUUUAUUUUGUGUGGUUCCAGUGGUUUUUAGUAGCAGUGCACUCUGUGCUCUCAUUAACUUAAAAUAUGUGGUAUGAAGUGAUACCAGUGUAUAUUUUAUUUUGGAUUGACAAUGAUAAAUGUGAUAUUGAGUGCCCUAAACAGUCUUUUGCUGAAUAUCUUUCCAGUUCCUGUCUCGUUUAAGAAGGUAGACGCUUUCUGUUUAUUCCGUGAAAAAAGAUGUCCAGUUAUAACAGAUCUUGAUAUUGCUCAGAAUAAUUCAUAUAUUACUUUGAAAAUCCUGUUAAAACACAUAUACCUACCUCCUAAUAUGGGCAGACACCACUUUAGCGGUUCAUUUAUGUUACUAUAUUGUUUCUGUCUUAAAAAUCGAAUGGUUGGGAGAUAAAAGUAGACUAAUUUAAACUUGGAGUAAUAUACAAGCAGAGUAGUUAACCACUGAAAAACUUUAUUAUGUGAUUUGAAGAUUGACACUUCAAGUUUAUGGUUGAAUGACUUUAUAGAAAAGAUAUUUGAAGUCUUCAGCAAAUCACUGGUUGAAAUUUUGUCACCGGUGUGGGGUAGUAGGUCAAACUAGAUAGUUAAAAAUUCUGGAGCAAUUAUUACAGUUAAGCCUUUUCAUUACACUUCUGAAAUUACGUGAAUGUUGUGGGAUGGCAUCUUUAGUAUAGUAAUUAUAACAGAUUUUUUUUAAAGAGUCUUUUCAUAUGGAGACUUGCACUCCAUGAAUUAGCCUGAUUAUCCCUCAGACCGUAAAGUAAAGAGAGCAGAAGUUUAAACUUCCAUUGUUUGCAGAAAACUUAAGAGAAACUGUAGAAGUCCUGAGUCUCAUGAUCUGAAAUGAUCUAUAUUGCCUAGCUGAUUGAACUUUUUAUUAUAUGUCAGACAAAGAAUACUUCUGUCUGCUUAAUUCCAGCAGAUGUGGAAGCGGGGGAAAAAAGCGAUGUCUAUUAUAUUUUAUAAAAGGUUUCACUGUAUAAAUAUCAGGUAACCCAAUUUAAAAGUAAGGGAUUAGCCCCAUUUUUAUGUUACAGUAAUGUACAUUGUACAAUAUUUUAUCAUAACAGUGUAAAACCAGUGUGAGUGUGGAAUGGCACUGAGACCAAUUUCUCCCAGCAUCCAUAUCCACUAAUCUGAACUACCGCUUUCCGUCAUUUGUAUAAUAAGUUGAUCAUGGAAUAAAAUAUAAACUUACAGUUGGGGUUCUGGGGAAUCGCAGACUACGACCUUGAGAGAAAACUGUUCAUUUUUUUAAGGAAUAAUAUUGGAAUUGAUUUGUGUACUGUUAGAUUGUUCACUUUAGUUAUGCAUAUGAAAUACUUUCCUUGGGUCUUUCUGUCAAAUGCAUGUGCUGUGUGGCUGAAUCAGUAGCAGUAACUGCCUGUUAUCUGCCGCUAUGUGGAUUUCUCAGAGUGCAAUUUUAGGUAUUGUGUUACAAUAACUUCAAAAAAUGUCUUCAGAGGCAGCAGACCUGCGGCAGAGAAAGAAGCAAAACGACACAGAAUCUGACAAAAUGGCUCCAGACGAGAGAAACAAAGAAAAUUCAAAGCUGGGAAGAUCGCCAAAAUAUGUGUUAAUUCAGCGUUUUGCAAAACUUUUCUUUGGCUGCCUUGCGGCAGUCACUAGUGGAAUGAUGUAUGCUGUGUACCUCUCAACAUAUCAUGAACGGAAAUUCUGGUUUUCCAGCAGGCAGGAACUUGAACGAGAAAUUACAUUUCAGGGUGACAGCGCCAUUUAUUAUUCAUUCUAUAAAGAACUGCUAAAGGCUCCUUCCUUUGAAAGAGGUGUUUAUGAAUUGACACACAACAAUAAGACAGUAUCCCUGAAGACCAUAAAUGCAGUCCAGCAAAUGACUUUGUAUCCAGAGUUGAUUGCCAGUAUAUUGUAUCAAGCGUCUGGUAGUGAAGAAGUUAUUGAACCAGUGUAUUUCUACAUUGGUAUAGUUUUUGGACUGCAGGGAAUUUAUGUGACUGUACUUUGUUCUAGGACAGAUACAACAAGAAUUGAUUACUCCAUACCAUCAAGGGAAAAUUGGGCUUUGCCGUAUUUUGCAUGUCAAGUAGCAGCUCUCACAGGCUAUUUAAAAAAAAACCUAAAUUGUUCUGCUGAGAAGUUUUGUUACCUUUUGGUGAGCGCUUCAACAUAUACCUUCGUGAUGAUGUGGGAGUACAGUCAUUAUCUCCUGUUUAUCCAGGCUGUUUCUCUUUUUCUGCUAGACAGCUUUGCCCUAGCACAGACAGAGAAGGUGCAUGAAGUAUACAAAAUCUACUUGUUUUCUCUCUUCUUGGGGUACCUCUUGCAGUUUGAAAAUUCAGCCUUGCUGGUGUCACCAUUACUAAGUCUUGUAGCAGCUUUAAUGCUCUCUAAAUGCCUUCAGAUGAAUAUGAAAAAAGGUACAUUUAUGUCAAGAUUGCUGAAAAUAAUGUACGUUUACUUGGUACUUACAAUAACAGUGACACUAAACUUCUUACUAAAGAUGUUUGUUCCUCAUAAAGAAAAUGAGCACUUGCUGAAGUUCCUUGAAGUUAAACUUGGCUUAAACACGACUAAGAAUUUUACAAUGAAUUGGCUCCUUUGUCAAGAAUCUCUUCAGGCACCCUCCCAAGACUUUUUUUUGCGGCUGACACAGUCAUCCCUGUUGCCUUUCUAUAUUUUAGUAUUAAUUAUCUGCCUUUUUUCUGUAACUCAGGUCAUUUUUAGGAGAAUUUGUGGUGAACCACUGAAAGAGACAGUUAAACUUGAGGAUGGUCGAAUUGGAGAGAGGCCAGAAAUAGUUUAUCAUGUAAUUCACACAAUUUUACUUGGUUCUCUAGCGAUGUGUUUGGAAGGAAUGAAAUAUCUGUGGACUCCUUAUGUUUGCAUGCUUGCUGCAUUUGGUGUGUGCUCUCCAGAACUUUGGAUGACGCUUUUCAAGUGGCUUCGACUGAAAGCUGUACACCCGAUACUGCUGGCUCUCAUUCUAAGUAUGGCAGUUCCCACAAUAAUUGGAUUCAGCUUGUGGAAAGAGUUUUUCCCUAGGAUAAUGACAGAGCUUUCAGAACUACAAGAAUUCUAUGAUCCUGAUACAGUAGAACUCAUGACAUGGAUAAAAAGACAGGCUCCUGUGGCUGCUGUGUUUGCAGGCAGUCCACAGUUAAUGGGUGUGAUUAAGCUUUGUACUGGAUGGAUGGUGUCAAGCCUGCCUUUAUAUAAUGAUGAUGAUCUCCUAAAAAGAAAUGAAAACAUUUAUCAGAUCUAUUCAAAGAGGUCAGCAGAGGAUAUUUAUAAGAUACUCACAUCUUACAAAGCCAAUUUUUUGAUUAUUGAAGAUUCAAUUUGCAAUGAAGUGGGACCUAUAAGAGGAUGUAGAGUUAAAGACCUAUUGGAUAUUGCUAACGGCCAUGUGGUUUGUGAGGAAGGGGACAGUUAUUCCUACUCAAAAUAUGGACGAUUUUGUCAUGAAAUCAAAAUGAACUAUUCUCCAUAUGUGAAUUAUUUUACUCGGGUAUACUGGAACAGAUCCUACUUUGUAUAUAGGAUCAACACUGUGAUAUCCUUCCAGUCGUGAAAAAGCAUGCAAGCUUCUUUUUGAAGAUAGAUUAUGAAUGGAAUUCAGUUGGAAAAGUUCCUUUUGAUCAAGGAAAAUAUUUUUCCAGAUACAGGUGGGCAGAUACAGUAUACUGACAACUUUAAACCAAACUGGAACUAUGUGAACUACAGAUCAACAGAAAGAAAUACCAUUCUUGAAAGGCACAGGAAAACUUGUCAAUUUUACGAUCGCUACAACGUGUGACGGUCUUCCAUGUUCUGGCAUUUGUCUUCCCAUUAUAAAUCAUCUUAAUCUUUGUGUAGAGGAGAUUUCUAGCAUUAAUGUUAAAUCAUUUAAAGAGACUCUAUGUGGAUAGACUUCAGUAAAUGCAGAAAAGUUAUGUUAAAGACCUCAUUUAAAGUCAUACAGCUUUUAUUUUCUAGCAAAAAAAGUAAUCUAUAUCCCAAGUAAGAGUCUUUUCAAAUAAGUGUUUGGCUUUUUAAUUUUUUUGUUUUAAUUCUUCCUAUCUUCCACUAUAAACAUUGUUAUGUUUAUCAAACAUUCAUACAUCUUAUGUGUAGGUAUAGUAUUUGUAUAAAACAAAUCAGGAAGAUUUUAUUUAAACAACGGUCCCAUAGAUUAAGGCACUGAUCUCCACCUUGUUGGAGGCGUGUUGGUGGAAGCACUUGGACUUAGACUUAGCUGCAGGAGUUGACAAGAUCAGAUCUUCAGUUUGGAAAGAACGUGUCUGUAGGAUUUCUCCAUUACUUAUAUGUUUCUACGUAUAUACAUAUGUGUGUCUUAGCAGACAUCAGAAUGGGCCAGUAUACCAUACGUGUAUUUAGACAAGCGUUGCAGGACAACUAGGUUUGCUACUGAGACUUCUGUACUUCUCUUUGACCCCCUCUGUGUGUGCAUGUGUGUGUGUAUGGGUGUGUGUCCGGGGAGCAAUGGGUGACGCUCAUUUCAUUCAACUUACGAUGUGAUAGUCAUAUUAAGAUUGUGCCAUAACUUUGAUUUUAAACGCUGUAAUCGCCACCAUUAAGAAUUAAUGGCAAAAUAGUUCAUAGCUAUUUUUUAAUCAAUUGUAUAAUUACACUUGGAUCUUUCAAAAUGUUGGAAAGUACUCUGCAAUCUUCCCUCCAAAAUUGUUGUCUUCCUUAUAUGACCGCCUUUGCCCCGCAGCUAAUUUGCUUAACAAAUUAUCUGUUCAUCCUGUUUGUUUUGUUGCUAGCUGGUGUACUUUUAAGAGAAUGAAUACUGCAUUAAUACUCCAACUUUGGGCCUAAUCCUGGUGGUGUGAAUGGAAAACCCAACAAAAGGUAACGUUCGCUUUGCUUAGAUAGGUGUAGCUGGCCAAAAAGUGAGGACUUAAGUUUUGGAAGAGGUAAUUCACCAGACGGGAGUUACCUGCACUUGUGGAUUCUUGUAGCACCUGGCCUAGGGACCAGUCCCAUCAGCCAUGUGGGAAUGGGUCUUUGGAUCCCAGAUGUCUUUAAUGAAACAUCUAGCAUAAUAGGAUGAACUUUCUGAUGAAAAUAUCCCAACUAUUCUGUAAACGAAAGCUGCAAAACUAUUCGCACUGCAUUUGUUGGUAAAUGCAUAUUCAGAGGUUUUAACUCUGGAAUUACUAGGAACUGCAACAUGCUGGUGUACAUGUAUGGUUCCUAUCUGCUCUAUGCACAUAUGUUUACUUACUUUACGCUAAAAGGUAGUGCUGAGUUUUGUUUUGUUUUUAUUAAUCUGUUAUCACUAUUGGAAUGAUUCAAAAGAAAAAAAAGCUUUACUGUUGUAAACGUCAACAUGUCUGUAAUCUGUUUUUCACUUAUAUCUUUAAGUCUAUGAGUCUUGACAAAAUGUUAAAUUAUCCAUUUUAUUUGAAACCAUUGUUCAGACAAAUCCAUCAAAAAAUACUGGAUGUGAUCAUUGAGAGAAACAUUAGUGUAACUGAGUUACAAGUUCAAGUAAGCAUUCUUCCUGGGAAUACAGUCACUGUGUUGAUGCUAGUGUGUAUGCUUGUCCAAAUGUAGUCUGCAUUUAUCUGUUUAUGCACAAGUGCAUAUGUUUGACUGCACUGGACUGUUUCAGACUUUUCUAUUACAGCGCACCAACAAAAGCUACUGUAUCAACUUGAGCUGUGGCAGGCAUGCAGGAACCUUCUCUGUAUGUGCUACUAUGGUUGUAGAUUUAUUUAAUGUUUUGCAGUAAGUUUGGUGUUCCAUAUAUAACUUAAGUGUGUUUGAAUCACUGUCCAGAAUUACACAUCUGUGUGUCAGUCGUUCACUCGCCUGACGUUACUCAUUCAUGAAUACCGUUUCAUAACAGCAAUAAGGCAUUCCAGGUAGCAAAUGUCAGGGUUACAAUUGCACUUGGGUGGCUGAAGUCACUUAGCUUAUGGCUUCAUGCCUUAUAACGCCAUACCAAGGUGCAAUAUUUAACUAUCCUAGACUGCCUGUUGUGUUUUAAUGCAGUGCUGUAUGUAUAUGGUACCACAGAGAACAUAGUUUGAAUACGUACAUGUAGAGCACAUACGUGGAGAAAAAUACAAACAAGGCCAUCCACACACCUAAAGAUAAGUGUCUCGUAGCACAUUGGCCUUUAUACAUGUUUGAACAAACAUGUGUUGAACCUAAUUUGAACUGUGACAUAGUUACUGUUAUUAGUUUUGUCAUAGUUUCUAAGAUGUAUUCUUGAUACUUCAAUUGAUUCUGCUUUAGGAGAAUCGGUUAAGGUUUUUACCUUGCUUUUUAUAUUAGAGAAAAAUUGUAUUGCAGCAGCAUUGGCACAGCAGCCUUAAGUAACAGAGAAGGAGUCUUGUAUCUGGGAGAAACAAAGCUGUUGUUGUCCCAGUGAGAAGGCAGCAUUUUUUUUAAACAAAUGACUGGAAGAAUCAUAUCUUACAAAGAAAAUUAUAAACUUGAACUGCUUAUCCAGUUACGGAGUAGCAAAAAUAAUACUGUAUAUUCCAAUUUCCACAUUCUGUGAAAAAGGAAAAAUAAGUUCCAUGAUACCCCUCAGAAGGAUAAGAAUAAGGCAUAAUUACAUCUGGCGUAUUAGUACAACCCUAGCUUGUUUUUCAACACAGGUCACAAGUCUAACUUCCUGAAAGAGUUACGGGAAUGGUUUGCAAAUUUUGAUCUGUUUUGCUGUAGAUGUUGCAAUUCAGUUGAAACAUGUGCCUUGCAAGCUUUUAUUAAACAAACAAAAAACUCAAAUUGUGUUUCUUUUUGUGAAGAUGUUUUUUUAAAAAUUCCCAUCCCUCUAAUUGCUAGAGCUCCAGUUGUGUCUUAAUACCGUUGCCUCCAAAGAUGCUCAAUGUACUAAAAUGGUGCAGCUAGGAUGUAUGCCAACCAUCUUAUUAACAGCUGUUCACCGGGAAAAAGGAGAAUUUGCAUAGCAAUUUUUAUUGCUGUUGUGCUGGUUUACUUCCUCCUUCACACUUUCAACUUCUUAUAUACUUGGCUUCAUAAAUGCAAACAAUUACCUUGAAAGAAUAAAAUGCAUAUAGUAUUUUCAGGCACUCAUCUGUCACCAUUAGAGCUGUGAAUUCAAGUUGUAUCAAGUCACAGUUAGACUGACAGUUUUCUUUCAUCUUUUAAAGAUACUCUCUCAGUUCCUGAAUUACCACAUACUUGAACUCAGUUGGUAGAUUUUCCAGAAGGUAUUUGAGACUAAUUAAGUAAAGGCAUUUCAGAACAUAAGGCAUUCUGUUCAUAUUAUUAUACAAAUACUGUUUUCACUUCUUCCAAACUAAAUACAAAUUUUAAAGUUAAGUACAAUUUCCUUUUCUGGGGGGCACACAGAUACCCGAAGAAGGGAUGGAGGUUUAACAGGCAUUGAAAACUCUUCAAGCUAUUUGUUCUGGUUGCAUUACUGUUUACUGAAAGAUAGGCGAUUAGGGACCAAAUUUUGUGCUUGCCGCCUUAUUUCUGUAAGCCAUCUCCAAGGGUCCAAAUCUUGUGACCCUUCAUCAGCUUUCCCAUGCAACUAACAAGAAUAAGAGCUGUAAGAUCAGGUCCUAGGGUUUAUAAACUGUCAUGGAAACACUUGUUAAUGACUAUUGUUAACCUUGUAUAACCUAUGCUUUAACAAAAAAUUAACAGGAGAAGGUGUACGCUGUCUGUGUGUAUGUGUGGGCAUGCCUGUUGUAUUUGUAUUUCGAGAUGUCUGUUUUACUAUUGUGUUUUGGAGAAUUGAAUGAGUAGCAU